AUGAAUAGAGGUAAGACAAUCGCCACUGAGUCCUCUGUUCCAACCAGAGAGUUCAUGAAAUGGACUGAGGACAUGGACGCAUGUCUGCUUCACUGUAUGAUUGAGGAAUCAAGAAUCGGUAAUAGGGUUGAUGGGAGUUGGACAUCCCAAGCGUAUACUAACAUUGUUGAUCAUUUACAUGUCUCUGGGUAUGUUGCCAUUACAAAAAAUAAUGUUAAAAACCGUCAGAAAGUCUUGAAAGAUAAAUGGCGUGAGGUUCAUGACCUCUUUUCUGGAUUAAGCGACUUUGCUUGGAACCCCAUUACUAUGCGAUUUGAUGCGGAGGACGAGGUUUGGAUGGACCUCAUUCAGUCGAGGCCAACUGCCGCAAAGUGGAGAGUGAACAGUAUCCGCCAUUACGAUUUAAUGGUGGAGUUAUGGGCUGCGGAUCGAGCUACAGGGAGUGCUGUUAGGACAGCUCGUCAAAUACGUCGAGGGCGGGAUGCGCCUCGUGUUAAUGUUGAUCUCAACCAUAAUGUUGAGUACACUCCUGAGUAG